AUGCGCACUCGUUCCCCCUGGAACGCAUUCAUCCCAGUCGUAAAAACGAAGAUGGCGAGCCCGAAUGUGAUAGUGGCCAACCAUGAACCAGUUCGACUCGACUUCGGCUGUGGAAUCAGCACCGUCACUGUCAGGACGGCGAAGAGGAUCAUCAUCGCAGGCUGGGUCUUCAUCGUACUCGGGAUCGUCUUGAUCGGGUUCGGGAUUGCUGCCAUCAUCGCUCGCUUGAAAUUUUGUGACGAUUUUUGCGGGAAUUCGGACCCAAAGCAGUGUAUAUGCUUCUUGAAUUACAGUCGCAUUGUUGGAUUUUUCCUAUCUGCCGUUCUAAGCAACGUCGGCGGGGUGGUGGCCACUCGGCGAAGCCAUGCGGCCAUCGAAGCGCUGAGGAAAAGCAAGAUGAACGCACCGAAUCGGCCAGUGUAUCCCGUCGUCCUCCGACCCCAGCAAACUGCAUACGGUAGCAUUUAGCCGUGGUCUCAUCUGGAGGACGUUGACCGACCGACGGAUCGAGGGUAUUGUUUCAUCAAGUCGUUGCAUUCAUUUCUGGAUCCGUUGUAAACGACAGUGAUACAUAAGUGUGCCGAGAUUCCCGAAAGAGUGGUGCCAUCUAUACCAGCAAGUGUGCCGAGAUUGCCAACAUCUGACCCAACUUCACCUUUGACCCAGGCCCUCGGAAAUGAAAGGCCUGGGGCACUCGAGGUUAGUGGUACAAGGUUUAUAAUAAAGGUACCACCAGACCCAAUAUGACGAGGAAGCUCCAUUACGAAAACCAACAAGCAAGGAGGAAGUGCAGAAUUUGCUACAAGUGCCAACAUUCGCAGCACUCACCCUUUCAUCACCCAGAUUUCACGUGAACAUUGUCAGACGUCAAUAAAUGCUUCCACGCAUAUUCCCUUUCUUCAACCCCUUCCUGUCGCGAAAUUCGACUCCUCUGAGAACAUCUAAAGUCA